AUGGAUAAAUCAUUGGAAGAACUUUCAUGCAAGAUAAAAACAUUAAAGUUUCGGAUGAACAAGACCAAUGACGUCAUCGAUAAAAGGGAUAGGGAGGCUCUGGAGCGGCAGCGUUUAUCUGUCGCAUCAAGUGCAACGGUAGCAAACACCAUUAAAGAGACCAUUGAAGAGAGCAUGUUUGCGAAGGGGGAAACAGAAGAAAAGGUAAAAGAAUGGUCACAGGAAGUCGAAGUUUUGUUGGCUGAGGCAGAUCAAUGCAUCCGUUUGAUCACCAACGAACUAAAAGAUAUUGAAGCAGCUGCUCAAGAGAGUGUGAUCUUAAAAGAACAACAGCAGAAGCUGCAGUUUGAGAAAGAAUUGACAGAGCAACGAUUACGUCAAGAGCAAGAAUCUGUUGAAGAGAAAAGAAAACUUGACCUGGAACAUCAUGAAAAGCUGAAAGAGGUACAACAAAGCUCAACCCCACACGAGACUGGUUUUGUAAAAAUGGCAAAGCUGGUUAUAACUAAAUUUGACGGAACACCUCAAGACUGGGUCAGAUUUUGGGGACAAUUCCAUGCACAGAUUGAUAAAUCCAAUGUGGAUCCUGUUACGAAGUUUUCGUUCCUAAAGGAGCUAGUGGAAAUUAAGGUACGCAAAUUAAUUGAUGGGCUCCCGUUUACAGAUGAAAGAUAUGAAAAAGCGAAGAGUCUUUUGGAGAAAAAAUAUGGAGAUUCGAGUGAAGUAGUUGGUGCAUAUGUGAGAAGUAUACUGGAGUUACCGACCAUACGAGAAAGAGACGUGGUGAAAAUACACAACUUUUAUGAAACACUGUUAUACAAUGUUGAGUCAUUACAAACAUUGGACAGUCUUGGUAAACUGGAUGCGGCAGUUAGAUUCACCGUUGACAAAUUGGAUGCGAUUAAGAGCGAAUUAGCGAUGACUAAUGAAGACUGGAACAAAUGGACCUUUGAACAAUUUGUUGAAGCUCUCGAAAAGUGGACGAAAAACAAUCCAGUAAGGGGUAGAUAAUUUUUUGCAAAUAGAGACGAUGGUAAUACGUAUCACACGAGAGGCGGUCUCUUCUGUUCUGAUGAAAACCACAAGGCCCUUAAUUGUGACAAAGUUGUUCGAUGUGAAGACCGGAAGAAAAUCUUCGCAGAAAAGCAUCUGUGCUUCAACUGUGCGGGGGGCAAACACAGAGCUGUGGAUUGCAAGAGCAAGGGUAGAUGCCAAACGUGCGGUGGAAAACAUCACACUACACUUUGUGACAAAAAUCAGAAGCCUCGAGAGCCUGGAAUGACUGCGAGUCACAUCGGUCCAAGUUCUGUGAUUCACCCGGUAGUGGUUGUACGCAUAAACGGCUAUAAAUUCAGAGCCUUACUGGACAGCGGUGCCAAUCAUUCGUACGCUUCAUCCACAGCCAUCAACCUCAUUGGAGCUAAAGUUAAGUCUACUGGCCUUCGUCAAAUAGCUACGUUAACCGGAGUAACAGCGAGAACCAUGCAAGUUUACGCCAUAAAGAUGGAUUCUUUGUCCGAUGACUUUAACGUCGAGGUGAAUCUUACGAAGAUUGAGAAGAAGGAGCUCCUGUUCUUGGAGAACCCACACUACAAGGAAAUCAUACGAAACCAUUCUCAUUUACGAGGAGUCGACAUGGAUGAUGAUGAUGAUAAAGAUAUUUUACCAGUUUACAUAUUACUCGGAGCCAAUGACUACGCAAAGGUACGCACUAGUGAGAACUUGCGUGUUGGUCGUAUAGGAGAGCCCGUUGCAGAGCAUACGAAGUUCGGAUGGUCUAUCAUGUCACCCGGUGCUGAGCAAGAAACUUCCCUUGGUUGCUUAGCAGUGAAUUCCAUUGCCGACUACGACAAUCUUUGUUCAUUAGAUAUGCUUGAUUUAGCGGACCCAACCGGACCAGAAGACAACAUAUUCAACAAGCCAAACGUGAACGAGCCAAACGUGAACGAGCCUAACGUGAACGAGCCAAACAUGAACAAGCCUAACCUGAACGAGCUUAACGUGAGCCAACCUAACGUAAACAAGCCUGACCAAAGCCAGCAUAACCAGAAUCAGCCUGACCAGGUUCAACAGGGCAUAAUGCCAGUGGAUGGGGAUAAAGAAGGAACUGACGUUCAACCGGGCAGAAAUACGGACACCUCGAAUGAACCACCAUCACAGCAAGGAGCAACAAAUGUGAAUCAACCAGAUUUACCAAAGGUACCAUCCAAUGUAAACAGAUUGCCUUCAUAUGGCCCACCAGCGUGGAAUACGGCUAUUUUCGUCCCACCUGCAAGGCAGCUUUCCUAUGGUGAAAUAGUCCAGCCAAGGAUCAGUGGCCGACUGAGGAAAAACCAUAAACCAAGCGAGGAAAGAAAAGUUAAGAAGGAGCCAUCGUUAGUUGGAAUCGAGGGAAAGAAACAGUCGAGCGAAAGAAACAGAAAUCGCUGGCCAAUGGGAAUUGUCAAAGAGCUCAUCAAAGGCAAGGACGGAGUUGUUCGUGCAGCGAAACUGAAAAGCGGUCGAGAUUUUUUAGAAUGUACGCCACAACAUCUGUGUCCUCUUGAACUAAGCUGUGGCACUUUUAAACGGAAGGAUGGAGAGAAUGUUAUCGUCCAGAAGCCAGUCGAGCUGAAUCCGAAUGCGCCCAGAUUCAUGCCGAAAAGACAUGCUGCUGCCGAGGCUCGGAGACGGAUUUACGAACAGUUACGCGAUGAACAGACACUUGAUUAA